AUGGCGACUAUCAAGCGUUUAUUAUUUACUGUUGUAGUUAUUUGCGCAAUUGUCUGUAACUUUUUUGCGGUUUUCUCAAUCGCUUGGGUAACAGAUUGGAGCGGAAGCAUUGGACUUUUUCCCCUUUGGGAUAUCACAAUCGGAUGGUAUAUAGCUGCAAGCUCACUGAUGUAUGUAUCAUUUCUUUGUAGUGUUCUAGUAUUUAUUCAGUUGAUUAUCACUUCCAAUAACGUUAGAAAGAACGGAUAUUCUCACUUGCAAAGAGGAAAAUUCAUUUCAAUUGCAGUUUUCUCACUGCUCAUCACAGUUUCAACAGCUGUUGCCGUUAUUCUGAUCGCUGUCAAUUUGCCACAUAUGAACAAAAAAUAUUACGACAAUGCUACCCUGGGAUACUCUGCAUGGUUCAGUGUAGCUGGUGCAGUGUUCUACCUCGUUGUCGCUGGCUUCUCAAUCAGUUACGCACGUGUAGAGUGUAGUUUUACUAAAUCGCAAGAACCAUGUUCUAUCAUCUAAUGUUUUUUUUAAUUUCAAAUUUCAAACUUGAAUAAAA